CCAGGUGCUAAAAAUGAGCGAAGCGCCCCCAGAGAGGUCCGACUCAGAGGAAACCCUGGGCGAUGAAGAAGCGGAUGAUUUUCUGGACUAUUUGCCUGACAGGCCAGAGGAGGGCAGCGAGCUAUCUGCAGAGGAUCGUCUUCCUUCAAUUCUGCGAGGGAUUUUGGAGGAUGUGGACGACGUCUCUUCGGAUUCCCAAGGUUCCUUGAAACCAGCAGAGGAGAAGCGGUUUCCGCGCGAUUUAGAAGUUCUGGUCGACGGGUCGGAUGGUGCAAAGUCGCCGAUGACGCCCAAGAGUCAGUGGACGGUGCUGCAGCGUGCGAAGGGCGCAGUGCGGAGGAAGAAGAAAUCCGAAGCGGCGCUACUUCGAUCGCCUUCCAGAUUGUCGGAGAUCAGCACUGGGAGUUUCAUCUUCGAAGACGAUGUCAUCUCCUCGCAUUCUGAACAAGUCACAUGUGGGAAGUGCAGGUGCGAAGUAAGCGCAGCGUGCCAAUGUUGUUGUCUCUAUUUGGCAACCUUCCUGAUUGUUGUGGGGAUUGGCUUCGUUGCCUUGGGCUUGUCGUUGCCGCAGCUUUCCCUUGGCGCUUUCGGACUCUUGAAACAGGUCGAUGUGCCCCAAGGGGUGUCCGACGCCUUUUUCCAGAAGGCUUGGAUGCAGAUGUUGGAUCUCCAAAGUUUCAGCACACCUUUGAUCCCAACAGGCAAUGAGUCCGAGAACGCGUACCAAUGGCAUAGCCUGGAAGUGAUCUGGCAGAUGGGGCCAUCCCUCAACGAGCGAGAAAAGGGCUUUCGCCCCAGCGUGGUGAGCGACACCUACCUCUCCGAAGUGAAGUCGGCCGAGGAAGCGUUGAGAUCUUUGUCUGGCUGGACGGAGUUAUGUGAGGCCGUGCCGAUAGAGGUACGUUUCCUCUGCAGCGUUGGAGAUAGUUUGGUGGCGAUGGCUUUCGGGUCCUGGCAGGAGGCUGACAUGGAGAAGAAACUACAGGGCUUGGACUGGGAGGUGACGUUCGAUGCCCAAGGAGUACCGCAGCUCCCGGUGGAGACCUUGUUGGCCUUCGCCCAGCAGGUGCGGCCUGAGCUUUUGGAACGUUGGCUGCCGAGAGGGCCGACGUCUCACGACCAGUAUCGGGUCAUCGGGUCCAAUGCCGAGAAGACGAAAUCGCGGUAUGCGUUUGCCGAUAUUCUCUACUUGUUCGACAUGGAUGCAGAAAAUGCAUCUCACUGUGAGAUCGUCCGCAACCUCAUCCGAGACACGGAAGAACGGCGCAAGGUCUGUUUGAAACGUCCGAGCGAUGCCCCGCUGGGUUUGAUAGUGGCAGAACCUAAGGAGAACCAAGCCCUGCUUGUUCUCCAGCGGGAGUCAGACGUCAUUCAAACCUGGAACCGGCAGAACCCUCAUCUACAGAUUGAGGUUGGCCAAGGUAUUUGGGAAGUGAAUGGUCGGAGCGAUCCUUUUGAGAUGUAUGAGGAACUUCAGCAUGCCGAAACGCUUCAGAUCAUGCUGAAGCUGAAGUUGACAGAGGCUGAAGAAUGUCACUUGGAAGAGUCUUUGUCAAAGUUCCGCAUCCAGAGAUAUCGUCCCAUGCUACGCAGCAGCAUCAUCAAAGAGGUGGAAACUUGCUCGAUUUGCUACGAGGACAUGAAGUCUGCGCAAAAGCGUCACCAGUAA